AGGAAGGGAGGGAGGGAGGAAGGAAGGAAGGAGAGAGAAAGAGUAAUUAGAUUACCUUAAGGAAAGAAGGAAGGAAGGAAGGAAGGAAAAGAGAGAAAGAAAGAGAAAUUAGAUUACCUUGGUGCUCAUUCUUUUGUAUAUCGCCGUUGAUGAUUUGGAAUCUGUGCUAAAGAUGGGGGGAAAACUAAACCAAAUUUUGAUACCAAAUACAGGAAGGAGGUGAAAUAAGCUUUUUUAUUGUAGCUCUCCUUUUAUUGCUCACAAUAAAUACUUCCUACUUUGUGAUUUUCCCGAACUGUAUUAGUUGGCAGAAAGCUGAGCAGUCCUGUGUUUCUAAUUAAGAAUUGGAUGGUUAGCUGGAGUUUUGAGGAGGUCAUCUCUGGGCGUGUCUGCUUUUGGCUUUCUUGGGCAGCUAUGCUAGCAUAUCCUUGGGAAUGAAAAUGUAAUCCUUCAUGUGACACAGUUUAGGUAAACCACGUAGUCCUUUGCAAACACCAAAUGCUCAGUGCAGUACUUAAAUGACACCAUAUUUGAUGCCACAGUUUCUUUACAGGCUCUUCUAAGAUUGUAAUGCCUGUGGGCUUUUAACUGCCCUUAUUGAUGUUGUAUCCAAGAAAACAGAAAAUUGACUCCAAGCAGAAGUAUUAAUAUCUUUGUAUAACUUUCAGUCUUCACGUUGACCCCACUGCAAAUCUGCUGUUUAGACAGAUGCAGAGGUGACUGAUAAGCCGGGGUCAUGUGGCUUCAGGAGUCUUAGGUUUCUCCAUGCAGCGGCAUCAGGAUAGGCUCACCAGCUCCUGGCCACAGCGAGUACCAGCGACCUCCUUGUUGCUGAAUCCACCGACCACUCUCGGUCCUCAUCCUGCUUCCUGCCUCAGUGGCGUUUGACUUUCCUGUUCUGGAAACAGUCUCAUCCUUGGCCUCCUUCUGAGACUUCCUGUCAUGUUCUGCCUUCUUCUCCACGGUCCUCUUAUUUUUUGUGUUUUUAGAGACAGGGUCUCACUAUAUUGCCCAGGCUGGUCUCAAACUCCCUAGCUCAAGCAGUCCUUUUACCUUAGCCUCCCAAAGUGCUAGGAUUACAAGCAUGAACCACUGCACACAGCCGGGUUCUCUUAUUUUAUACUACGCCUUCUUAGUUUCCUUUUGGACUCUCUUCUUCUGACAACUCAUUACAAGCAAAUGUGCUUAACUCUUCUGUCCUUAUCCCUUUUCUCACUCAGUGCACUGUCCUUGGGUGAUCUUACCCAUUCCGUGCUUUAAAUGGCUAAUUAUAGUUAUGAUUUCCAUCCAUGGAGAACCUGGUUAAGUCAGAUGGCUGGCUUUGCCUCCCAGCUCUACUGCUUACUAGCUGUGUGACUGUCGGCAAGUUGCUUACACUCUGUGCCUCAGUUUCCUCAUCUAUCAAGUGAGCGUACAAAUAAUUAACCCCAUAGAUAUGAAGCAUAGCACGUCUCCUAUUAACUGCCCCAAUCCACUCUCAGUUUUAUCUGGUUAACAUUUAUUAAUUUGCCAGGUCUCACCUAAGAUGUUACUUCCUACAGGAAACAUUCCCAGAUGUUCAAAUCUAGUUAGAUCCUUUUUCCAUGUACCCUCAUAAUUCAGUCUGACUGCCCUAUUUCCCUGUCUUAGUGUUUGUCACAUUUAUUGUAAUUGCUGAUAUAUUCAGAUCAGCUGGAAGCUCGUGAGGAUAGAGAUGAAGUCUGACUGGAUCAUCAUUUUGUCCCCAGCGUCUAGCUCAGUGCCUGGUACAUAGCAGUACUUGAUAAAUAUUUGCUGAAUGAAUGACUCAUGGAAUUGUAGGGUAUGAUGACGCCUCUAAAGACAUUCUUUCUUUGUGGUUACAUCCUUAGGUUUUGUAGAUCAGAAAACUCUAUUAGAUUUGUUGUGGUUGAGUAUCCUUGACAACAUGGCUGACAGGAACUCAUGGAAGACCAAAUUGUAAACCCUAAUGACAGCCUUUAAAUUUUUUAAUGAUGCUUGAGAGCUAAACUGGAAGGACGUGGGGUGCUUAUCCCUCGUAGAAAUGCCUGCCAAUGCUUUCUCAUUUGGACCCAAACUCCAGAUCGGGAGCAGUCUUAUAGCUGGAUCAGCUACCAAGAGAAAUUCUAAAGCAAGAAGAGAAAAGCAUUUCAAUUUGGGACAUUUAUUUGCACCUGGAAAUGGGGAAUGUGCUAUCAGACCAGACUUCUAUCCUGUCCAACCUGCCUUCAUUCGGUCCUUCCACGUUGUUAUUCUGGGUUUGGACUGUGCUGGAAAGACAACUGUCUUAUACAGGCUGCAGUUCAAUGAAUUUGUAAAUACCAUACCUACCAAAGGAUUUAACACUGAGAAAAUUAAGGUAACCUUGGGAAAUUCUAAAAUAGUCACUUUUCACUUCUGGGAUGUAGGUGGUCAGGAGAAAUUAAGGUCACUGUGAAAGUCAUAUACCAGAUGCACAGAUGGCAUUGUAUUUGUUGUGGACUCUGUUGAUGUCAAAAGGAUGGAAGAAGCCAAAACUGAACUUCACAAAAUAACUAGGAUAUCAGAAAAUCAAGGAGUCCCUGUACUUAUAGUUGCUAACAAACAAGACUUGAGGAACUCAUUGUCUCUUUCAGAAAUUGAGAAAUUGUUAGCAGUGGGUGAACUGAGCUCAUCAACUCCUUGGCAUUUGCAGCCUACCUGUGCAAUCAUAGGAGAUGGCCUAAAGGAAGGACUUGAGAAACUACAUGAUAUGAUCAUUAAAAGAAGAAAAAUUUUGCGGCAACAGAAAAAGAAAAGAUGAAUAUCAAUGUCUAUUAUAUCUGUGUGGAGUAGGUUUUCUCUGGUCUGAUUUUGACAAAUAGAAGAGUGUCUACAGCGUGGUUUGCCUGUCUGCCCUCCUGGAUGCUAUUAAAGCUUUGUUUUGUUGAACAAUCA